GUCAGAUUCGGUUGUGUGUUUUGUAAUAUUGUAAUUCCGCACUGUAGCUUAGUUUACAAAUAAAGAAAAUGACAACAUGUUCCUGAUAUUUUAAAGUACCACAUUACAUGCUAAAGUGGUAUUACUCUCAAACUGUACAUUAAUGGGAAGGGAACAUGAAGGUUAAUAACGCCCUUAAUAACGAUACUGAAUAUAACUCCUUAUUACUGAGGAGUAUGAAAGAGAUGGACAGCACAGUUAACCACAUGUCUUUUAAAGACAACAUCGAUUUUGGACGGAAUAGUUUGGAGGUUUUCUGGAGCAGAGUGAAACAGCAGGAGUGAUAUGAUGAAUAAGACAGAGGGGAAUGAAGAAGAAAGGCUGGGGCUGAUUUCUUUCUAGCUCAGGUUAUAGAUCCUUGAAGCCUGUGGACCAGUCUAGCCUACAUUUCAGCUCUAUCUGUGCUCUGACUUUGCUGACACAGGUGGGCAGGAUUGUAUUCUGGAGCCACUGUGCUUUCCUGAGGAGCUCAAUGCUCGCGUUAACAUCUCCACGAGCGACGAUUGCCCGGUGUGCUGCGUCCUGUGCUCUCACACAGCUCCUCUCACGGAUAAAGACCAGUUCCUGAAGCACCUGCUGCUGGAGCACAAACUGGUCAUCGCCGACAUCAAACUCAUCGCCGACUUCCCAAAGUACAUGCUUUACUGGAAGAAAAGGUUUACAGAGCAGCCCAUCACAGACUUCUGCAGUGUCAUCAAGACCAACUCUGAGGGACCUGCCGGUGUGAAAGCUCAUAUUUAUACCUCAGGGAAACAGGACAUGGUCAAAGAGCUGCAGGAGUUCUACUUCCUCUUGUGUGACGUUCUGCCCGAGGACCGAAUCCUUCGAGAGGAGCUCCAGCAGAAACGCCUGGAGGAGGUUCUGGAGCAGCAGCAGAAUGAAAGAGACGAUACCAGCUUUCAGCGGAGCUGCAUGUUCUGUAAUGAAGAAUUUACCGGAAACAGAGCCGUGCUGCUCAAUCACAUGGCCAGAGAGCACUCGUUCAGCAUCGGCCUGCCCGACAACAUCGUCUACUGCACACAGUUCCUGGACACGCUGGAGAGAAAACUGGACAGUAUGCAAUGUCUGUACUGUGAGAAAGUCUUCCGAGACAAGACGACCUUGAAAGAUCACAUGAGAAAGAAGCAACACAGGCGCAUCAACGCCAGCAAUCACGACUACGAUCGCUUUUACGUCAUCAAUUACUUGGAGCUGGGGAAGACCUGGGAGGAAGUGCAGUCUGAGGAUGACAGGGAGCUGAUGGAGGAUGAAGAUGAUGACUGGUCUGAUUGGCAGGCUCUCCCAGUGUGUGCUGUGUGUCUGUUCUGUAACCGGCAAGAAGAAACCAUGGACAGGAUCUACACUCACAUGCAGGAAGCUCAUCAAUUUGACCUCCACAAAUCAAAAACGGAUCUCAACUUGAAGUUUUACCAGCAGGUCAAACUUGUGAACUACAUCCGCCGUGAGCUCCAUCAGUGCCGCUGUUAUGGCUGCCAGAGGAAGUUCAGUACCAAAGAGGAAGUGGUGCGGCACCUGGAGGAGGCCAGUCAUGUGAUGCAGCUUCCAGAUAGCACACACUGGGACCAGCCACAGUACUAUUUCCCCACAUAUGAGAACGACGCUCUCCUCACUGCUCUCUCCGACAGCGAGGGCGAGUGUGAAGGAGCCGAGCAGAGCUGCGACGUGCCCGUGUUUGCCGAGGACAUCUCCGACCUGAAGGCCUUAAAGCAGAGCAGUGUGCUGAACAAACUCCUCAGGAAUGGAGGCAGCUCCAAUUAAAAUCCAGCGCAAUACACAGAGACUUUCCUGUUCUUUUGCACUGGAAAUGCUCACUGUCAUGAGUAGGGUUUCUCCAUCACAGCAGGCUCGGGUUCCACUGCAGUACACUGAUAAUAAGAGAGUGAAAUUCAUGAAAUGAUCAGGCUUCUCAUCUAGCAGCGAUGCCUGAAGGACAGGAGCACUGUUGUGUUAUCUGAAUGCAUGCAGAAAUUCAUGCUAAUAUAAAUUCUCAUACACACUCGACCGGUUCCAGGAGAAACUCUCUCUUUUACAUCGUUUUGAUUGCAGUGCCUCUGAGUUGAGUGUCAUUUUCAUGAAGACAGUCACUUUAUUCUGUAUAAUGUGCUUUUUCACUGCAGCUCAGAGUUCAGCCGUUAUUAUUGAGUUACAUUUCUAUUGAAAAUGACAUUAAUUUCAUAAUUGUUGGGAAUGUAAAUAAAGGUAAUUUAACAGAAUCUGUUCGUGAGUGAUGAUUGCUUUAUUCUGUGACUUUUGAAAUGUUUACUUUCAGCACUUUUGUUCAUUUCUAAGAUGUAAAGAGACAUAAUUUCCAACUUGUAUUUUAGUUCAUUUAUUGCAUUUUUUUGUUUUAUGCCUCAGCAAAAUGUAUGUUCUACUGAACACAAAUAAAAACUUUAACAUUUUCACAUAACACUAUAUCAACAUGACACAAAAGUGUACAAGAGCACGAGCGCUGUUCUGAACCUCAGGUGAUGUCUUGCUUUGUGUAGCCAACAAACACCAGCAUUUUUGUGU